UCCAGACUACGUUUAGUUCACCGCUACUAUCGUCGGAAGAGAGAGAGAGGGAGAGGGAGAGAGAGAGAGAGAAGAGCAUUUCGUCGAGCAUGUCGGACAGCGGCGUCGUGAUGGUCUACGGCAACGGCGCAGCCCUGACGGAGCCGAAAAAGUCGUCCACCUUCUCCGUGAAGGUGGGGCUGGCGCAGAUGCUGCGUGGCGGGGUCAUCAUGGACGUGGUCACGCCCGAGCAGGCCCGCGUUGCCGAGGAGGCGGGCGCCUGUGCCGUCAUGGCGCUCGAGCGUGUCCCUGCGGACAUCCGCGCCCAAGGCGGCGUCGCCCGCAUGUCCGACCCUGGCCUCAUCAAGGAGAUCAAGCGCGCCGUCACGAUCCCCGUCAUGGCCAAGGCCCGCAUCGGCCACUUCGUGGAGGCGCAGAUCCUGGAGGCCAUCGGGGUCGACUACGUGGACGAGAGCGAGGUCCUCACACCGGCCGAUGAGCAGAACCACAUCAACAAGCACAACUUCCGGGUGCCAUUCGUGUGCGGCUGCCGCGACCUGGGCGAGGCCCUCCGCCGCAUCCGUGAGGGCGCCGCCAUGAUCCGCACCAAGGGUGAGGCCGGAACCGGCAACAUCAUCGAGGCCGUCCGCCACGUCCGCUCCGUCAUGGGCGACAUCCGCGCCCUCCGCAACAUGGACGACGAUGAGGUCUUUACCUUCGCCAAGCGCAUCGCUGCCCCCUAUGACCUUGUCAUGCAGACCAAGCAGCUCGGCAGGCUCCCUGUCGUCCACUUCGCCGCCGGUGGGGUCGCCACCCCCGCCGACGCGGCCCUCAUGAUGCAGCUCGGCUGCGAUGGCGUGUUCGUCGGCUCCGGCAUCUUCAAGAGCGGUGAUCCGGCGCGCAGGGCCAGGGCUAUUGUCCAGGCAGUCACCCAUUACAGCGACCCAGAGAUCCUGGCGGAGGUGAGCUGCGGCCUGGGAGAGGCCAUGGUGGGGAUCAAUCUGAGCGACGCUAAGGUGGAGAGGUUCGCCAGCCGCUCAGAAUAGAAGUCGGGCAAGGAAAAGUUGCCCCUUUCUCUCGCUUUCGAUCCUCUUCUUGACUGAAUCAAAAUAGUCUCUUAAAUUGCUUGCUUGCUUGCUUUAUUAGCAACUGAAAUAUAUCUGUGCUUAAUACCAGUAUAACCAUGAUCCAUCUGUUCGUGGUGUGUGCUGUAAUUUUGCCCAUCGUUCAUUUCAAUGUGUCAGAAACUCUCAUAGUCAAUUAAAAAUAUGCUUUUUUACUCGUAAA